UAAAAUCGAUAUGGAAUGCAUCAGUCGUCUGACCCUGACUUCAGUGGUAGACACAUGUCAUGCGUGCAUUGAUGAAUCAGUUGCGCUGCUAGAUGGCAAGCAUGGUGCUCAAUCAAAUGAUAACCCUAGAGUUGGUUUUCCUGAUCGCAACGAUCAAAAUAAGAUUUACAAAGGAUUUCUACUCGGAUCCAAGGAUAGCUAGCGCUAGUUCUCCGUUAUCGACUCAAGUCAUGACUCGGUCAAAGGUCUUUACAAAAGACUUUAUGGACAAAGGAAAAUCAUCUCUAACAUGGCAGUGGACACGUCCUAGACUCCUAGUAAUGCAUGUAGCUCGACAGCCAUGCAUACGGCCUGCUCGACGUGAUCGAGAUUCGAGAACAAAUCAAGGAACCUCAACCUUGCUCAACCCUAAGUCAGAGCUCGGUUUGGCUUAUCAUAACACUUACGAACUUGAACCUAAAUGGCAACGUUCGCGAACAGCCUUGCUGAGCGCUGAGCGUCAACAAAGACUUGGACGUAUUCGUGAUGGUUUUAGGCGCUCAACUGCGCUCAACAACCUUGUGCUUAUCUCUGUACGCUCAGACUCUUCUUCAUUCCACUGGCUUUUAUCUCUCACUUAUUCGUGUAAAAAGCAUCCGAGGAGCACUGGCAGUGUCGAGGACCAGCACGUCCAUACCGACGAGCAGCCUACCCCAGAACAGGGAACCUAGGCUGGCCAGGGGCCAGGGCAGUCAUCCUGGGGUGAUAUGCAACGAAUAAUAAUAGGAUGGCUUCCCAACGUUCGGCAUUCGACCUUGGCACGCCGAUUGCCGCAGCAGGCUUUGUCACUGUACAUAGCUGG